AUGGCCGACGCCUCGACGACGCAGGCGGCCCUCCCGCCGCAGGCGAACAGCGCCGACUGCGGCACAGCAUGCGUGCCCCGCAGCGCCGAGACCACCUCUUCGUCCAACCCGCGGUGGGAAGAAUUAGAAGAGGAAUUCUAUCGGGGCCCCAUGACGACAAUGUGGAAUCCGCCCCUGAGCAUCUUGGACGAGGACAUUGACAGGGCCGACCUGUAUUUCUACUCUCCCGCCAUCUGCCCCUUGGGCUGGUACCCCGCGUACCCGGCUUUUCCGUUCCUCAACCGCACCGAAGGUGUCACCUCCACGUUACCUUGCCGCUCUCGAAACCGACCCCUGGUCAACACGGUUUGGUCGUGGACCGUCGCCCACUCGCUGCUGCCGCUCGAAUCAUUGGUGACAGCCACGGAUGGGUGGCUCGUUGUUUCGGAAGGCAUGCCGGGACCUCCGACUCCCGAUGCUUUGAUACCACGCCACCUAGAGCAGCAGCCCGAUAGCAUCCACAUCACCGGCCGCGACGCGAUCCCUACCUUUGCACCGGGCUCCCCGAUCAGAGUGCCCGAGGUCGCUUAUACCGAAUACGCCCUGCCCUCCCCAGAAGGGCAGCAAGUCGCCAGCAUCAUCAUGUGCAUGAUCCCCGUCGUGGUCGGCCUCGUCGCCAGCGCGCUCGGUUUCGCCCACCGCGAUCCAGCGUAUACUCCGCGGAUCAUGACCUGGCCGUCCCUCGUGUUGCUCGCCAGCAUCCUGAUCGCGGCCAUCGGGCUCAUCCGCGUCGCCCAGGACGUGCUGCGCCUCGACGACCGUGGCGUCUCCGACCUCGUCACGGGGAUUCGCCGCCUGCGCAGACGAGAGGUGGAGUUCCGUCCGGGCCCGGUCCGGUGGGAGGGUCCCCGCGUGGUCAGUACCCCUCCUUCCUGGCCACCCAGUCAGCCAACGAUGCGAGACCCACCGGUGGUCGGGGUCCAAGUCCGCCCCACCGAGGUCUACGCGAGCGUCGAAACCUCGCCGGUCGACCAAAAAGCGUAUUUCGACGAGCUUGUGGGAGACGGCGGAAACGGUUGGCACCUUGCCUGCCCGGGUGACAUUGACGACAGAUUCUUUACCGAGAUCCGAUCGGAAUGGCUGCGCUUUCCCGACUAUGUUUACAUUUCUGUUGUGCAUAUCGAUCAUGCUGAUGAUGGCGUUAUGAGAUUCGACCUCGUGUUGGAACUGGGCGAGGGCGAAGACUGGAACAGAGAGCCAUCGGGGCCUGGUAAAGCCGGUCAAGCCUCCAAAUCUUAUGAUCAAUCCCUAAUCAAAGAUUUCGAGGAGUACCUGGCCCUGUUCGGUGAAGACGUAGACUUGGAGAUAUUGCUUGCAUUCUUCUCUUUUGACGACGACGUCGAGCCCUCCGGCGUUGCUCAUGGAGCGGAGAAUGACGCGGGCGAAAAGGCACACGCCCCCGAGGGUAUUCAGGGCGCUGGAAGCGGCGGCCAAGGUGUCGGGGAACUCGUGGUGGCCUCUGGGGGCUCUGGGGGCAGGCUGGUCGCUGUCGGCAGUGCUGGGACUGGCAGUGAUGGAGAGAAUGUCGACGGAGCUGAGGUAGCCGGAAGUGCGGGGAAUAGCGGCGCUGGCGGUGCUGGUGAAGCUAACGGUGUUGCGGGAGGCCUUGCUCCCACUAGCGGUGCCGGCAGGGACGAAAGGAAAUCAUCUCCCUCCGGUCCCCGACCUGGAAGACCAGCAGCGGGCGACACCGAGAGCGGCGAGACCUCUUCGCCACUGUACAUCCUCAACAUCUUCACAGAGGCCGACUACUUCUUCGCCUACUUCUUCCCGAACCUGCUCACCGUCCUCUUCACGGUCCCCUGGCGAAUCACUUCUUUCCGGCCUGUUGCCCCCAUCCUACCCCUCAUCAACCGCGACUGGGCCGUCGUGUGGGCCGCCACCCUUGAGUACAUCUGCGCCAUCCUGGCCCCGGUCGCCGCCGAGGCGGUGGGCAUGGGCGUCAUGGGGCCUUGCGACGACUUUGACGCCGCGAACUGCCUCAUCGUCGUCGAGGUGCUGCCAAAAGUUGCCGUCAUCGCCCAGUGUCUCUUGGGCGCCAUGGUCUUCGCCAUCAUAGCUUUGCUGUACACCUUGUCGGGCCGCACGAGCGCGCUCCGCAACGACCCUCGCAGCAUUGUCGGCAUCACCGCGCUUCUACGCAAUGAAGAGACGCGCCGGAAACUCAAGAGUAUACCCGAGAAGGAUCUUCAAAGUAUCAAGGCUAUUUGCGAACAACUUGGCCAAGAGAGAUUUAAGACGGGUAAUUUUCUACCCCCUCUCGGCCUCUCCGAGUACGGAAUCAUUCCAGUGAAUCCAACAUCGGCGAGGGGCCCUGAUCCCGCACAACUCGAGCCAGGUCCAAACGUGCAAGGCCCAACCAUGUCCCGUACCGAUACGGGGAGCACAGAUGCUAGCGAGGAUGCGGAUGGCGGCGAUGUCCUGAAGCCGCUGGACGUGAGGUGGAGCUGCUGGACUCUUCUAGGUUUCGCAGCCCUGCACCUCGGCCUCGUCGCCAUGAUUCUUUAUUGGCGCCUGACGUCUCGCGGCGAUUCGUACGCGGAGAACAAAACAGCGUUUAGCAAGUUUAUGAUGAGCCAGCGGUUUGGCGUGAGGUUUCUAUUUGCGGCUCUGGGCGUUGCCAUCAACUUUUGUUGGAUGGCCGUAUUCAAUGAUGCCCUCGUCCUCAUACCCAUAUGGAACCUCUCCCAAGGCUACCGCAACGCAGAAAGCACCAUCCUCCGCCACUACACAACCGACCCUUACUCCGAGCUCGUGCGUAGCCUCCGCGCCCGCCGCUUCUUCACAGCCUUUCUCAGCUUCGUCGUCGUGCUCAGCGACUUUCUCCCCGUGAUCCUCACCAACGUGCCGUACAGCCGACUCCUCACCAACAUGGCCAACUGGGUCAACGUGGGUCUAUCUAUGGCCAUCCUGAGCCUCAUGGCCACCGCCCUCGUGGCCCUGGCCUUCCUCAUGUGGAGGUACCGGCCCAAGUUCUUCAUCCCGCUGGACGUAUUGCGCAAGAACCCGCUGCUGGGCAUCAUGAUGCUGGCCUGCAGCUCCGAGACCACGGCGGCCGCGGUGGGCGGCCUGUCCAUCAUGACGACGGGCGAGCAGGCGGCCGCGGUGAAAAAGGUGGGCGCGUAUUAUAAGCUCGUCGGAGCGGCGGAACGAGGGCAAAGGGCGAGGAUAGAGAUGAUUGAUGGAGACGCGUCGGCUGUGGAGGAAAAGGCAGAGGAGGAGAGAAAGGGCGCGACGGGUCAACCGACAUCAGACGCGUCUUGA